UCCCACCAAGGGUUACACAACCAAAUGACAAUAAACUUCUACAUGAUAGGUGUAGCACAGGUUAAGGAACUAUUUUGCACGUGGUUGGUGUUACACUCUUGCAGACCUACAUCAUAUAAAGGCAUGGUCCGAUUGAAUUGGUCUGGCCACAAAUACUUUAUCAAUUGGCUAUUUAUAGGAACAUUAUUACAUUAUCAAGAUGCCCUGUGGUAAGUAAAUUGGUGUGCGCAAAAAAGUAUCUAUCUCGGUCAGUGUAGUCUCACAUCCUCCCUACCUUUCUUGUGUUCAGUAUGUUGGUUCCAUAGCAUGCAAGUUUUACUUCUAAGCUGCUUGUGAUAAUUUUCGGUUGUUUUUCUUCGGUGAGUUGAUGAGUUGUAUUAGGACAAUGCUAUACGAAUUAGUCUGUGGAUAUCUUGUUGACGUCACAAGUGGUAUUGGUAGAUAAACAUUCCCUGGAACUUUUAUAUACAUUCCUGUAUUUUGUUAACUACUAUUCCGUCAUAUAUGAAUGUCUGUAAUUGUGUGUUUUUCAUCUGUUUUGUAAUCCUUUCAAUCCUAAAACGUUUUUUUAAUAGGUUCGACGUUCUUGAAUAACACAUCAUCAUUUAAUGAUGACAGCGUUGCGAUUGACUCAGCCUUAACAAAUAAUACUUCAGGUGUAGUAGGUCUAGAAAGUGUCACUUCUGUUGUUCGAAGGCUCGAUGCUGGAGCACGCGAGAGUUUGGGCCAACAUCUAAUCCAGUUAUUAGCUACCAUCGUUUUACCAGAUCCUCCUCAGUCUAUAAGUGAAGUAGACACACGUUUGGUAGAUGGUCUACCGGGUAUUCCAGAUAAACUAAUGCCCACGGAUAGCGAUAUGGACAAUUAUCGGAUUCUAGCAGAAAAAGGACGAAAGAAAAUACUAAAUUUACCAUUUGACAAAAUAUUUACUGCCUUAAAAGAAUUCAGUGGACGUUUCAGUUUCAAUGUAUGCGUCUAUAUUGUUGCUAUAGCUGAACAUGUGAUUGGAAAUUUUUUACAGGCCGCUAUUUGCUAUGAAGACAAAGCUCUAACUGAGAAUGUCAUUCGUGCAUCUACUGUUGAGACAUUAUUCAUCUUGUAUCGGGAUCGUGUUAAGCCUCGUCGUCUAGUGACUGCUAAUCUUUUCCCUCAGGACUAUGACAAAUGUGUUGAUGAAUUGUGCAGUUUUCUGCAAACAUGCUUAGAACAAAUGAAUUUGUUAAUACGCGUCUUCCGUGAACCAAUACUCUCGUUAACUCCAUCCUCUUAUCAACAACAAAUGACGACAACUACGACGUCAACAACACCAGGCAGUGCAGCUAAUGAAGAUUUUACACAAGUUUUAUUUGGUAGUAUGUUAGAUGUGUAUAAUAAUAUGCGCAUACUACUGGAUACAAUUGAAGCAGAAGAUGAAGAUAAUUAUUCACCGAAUAUCACUACCAAAUCUAAGGAUUGUCAGCUAUCAACACCCAGUAUGAUUAAAUCGAUAAAUACAUUCAAUUCUACUUCUACUAAUAGGUUGAAUGACACUAGUUCAACAAUGACUUAUCCUUCGUCUGAAACUUUUGCCACACUUGAUUCAAUCCCAGAGAAACAAAUGUCUGGCAAUCAUGAUAGUGUAAAUAAUGAAAAUCGACACAAUCAUAAAAACUGUGUUAAUGUCUACUCUUCAAACAAAAAAUCAUUAUCACCCACUCUACCCUCUAGACAUUCUUCAUCACCAACAUUCCAUUCCGUCUGUCCAUCUUGUCCAACUAUUGUAGAUGAUCCUCGUCGUCAUCACCAUCAACUGAAUAAACGUGAAGAGGAAGAAGAUCAUUCUAUCAGCAGCGAUCAUGCUACUAACAAUAAUUAUAUGAAUAAUAGUAAAAAAACUCAUCCUAGACGCCUAGUUGGUAUAUGCUUGAUUGAAUUAGCUGAAGAUGAUUCAUUGCAUGCAUUCAGUCAGUAUGCUACUAUUGCCCUUGAUUCUAACUCUAGAGAUCGGGCUUGGAAUUCGAUUGAACAUGAAAGUUAUGUGCAUGAAUUGUGUCAGCUAAGCCGAAGCAUUGUACAUACUGUUUCUUUAAACAAUAAAUAUCCUGGCCACAAUUUCAUCUCAUCUUUAUCAACAACUGAUCUACACUCGUUCACCUGUUCGCGUUGUCAGUAUUGGGAUACAGUUGUGGGUAUGCCACGUCGAAGAUCUACUUCAUCCUCUAUCGCUUCACCUAUACGUAAUGAUAAUACACCAUCGAAUUCAUUUAACAAAGAUACAAUGUCUACUUCAAUCGAUUCAGCAGAUAAAAUUGAAUUAACUUCAAAGACAUCUCACCGCCAUCACAAUCAUCGUUCACCACAUUUAUCCUCUUCAGAUAUGUGUGCAACUAAUUGUAAUUAUUUGGUCAAUGCUACUAGGUAUCUGCUUCCACGGUUAAUUUUAUUGCCAAUAUUUCAUUUUUUCUACUUUCACGAAUUAAUUGAGACAUUACAUCGAUGUGCUUAUGACGAUGAAGAUCGAGCACGUUUAAAAGAAGUGCUUAGUAUGUUGAGUAAAACGCGCAGCACAUUGGAACGAGAUCUGGCUAAACACCCAUGGGUUGCGUUGCAUCUAGUCCGAUUAAUAUCAACUGGUCAAUUGACUAAUCGUUAUCGUUCACUAUACUUAAACGCUGUUACUGGGGCAUCUUGUCCACCAAGUCCAGUAAACUAUACAGCUCCACCUUCACCAGUUGGCCCUUCAAAUCAAAUUGGUAGUCACGUGUCAUGUGCUUCUGUAUUCAAUGCCAGUUGUAAUUCGUCUGGUAAUAUAUUUAACUAUCAUAAUCCUCAUCAUUCAACAGGAUCCACUGGAGCUGUGACAAUCACCCCAACGGUAGGAUCUAUUAAUUCUACAGAUCUACCAUUUAUAUAUAACAAUACAAUUCAAAGUAAAGCCGAUGAAAUUGAGAAACUUUUAUGUGGUAAAGACAAAUUGUCAAUGCCCAGCAAUUGUCGUAGUGCACUGGGUGAUUUUGUCUUGGAGAGUCGUGUGCAUUUACGUACUGAGUCAAAAAAAUCAUCAAGUGAACAUAUCGCCUAUUUAUUUACUGGUCUUUUGUUAAUAUGCAAAUGGCAGGAACGCCGUUCCACUCCAUUAAAUCCAACUUCUAUGCAACAGUCUGUUUUACGUGUUAAACAUCGAAUACCACUUGAUUUAAUUCAUGUCACUGACUUACCACCAAUUGUUCAACCGAAUUUAACUGGUUAUGUUGGUCACAGCGGGCCAAUGACGCCGUCUUUAGUAGGUGCUGCAGUUUUAGCGGCAACAUCAGCGAACAGUUACCCGCAUAGCAGUUCAUCCACUGUCAGUUCGCAUGAGGAUACAUCAAGUGUGGGAAUGUCAGGUUUAUUCACAUUUAGUUUGAAUGGCUCCAUGUCAAGUCAUUCAAGUCUAGCCAGUGCUGGUGGCUCAGGAAUUAGUUCAUUUCCAUUUCUGUUCAAAUUAGAAUACGUUGAUUCAAAUUCCUGUAGUCCUUCAUCGCAUAGAUCGAAUCAUUCCAAUAGUCGUCAUCAUAAUCAUCAUCAUCAUGGAUACCAUGUUAGUCCACAGAAAUCUUCGAGUAAAAUGAAUUUCAGUGAUGAGAUAGCAACUAUGAAUGGUGGCAGUGAUGCGAACUCAAUACUGGCUAGUCUGUCUUCAACAAAUAAUACAUCAGAAAAAGUAGGUUUAACUAAUUUAUCAUCAUCUGGCAUCAACGUUAAUCAUAUUUGGAUAUUUUUACGAACACCAGAAGAGAAAGCUGACUGGAUAGCUAGCUUGUUAAGCAUUCAAGUUUAUCGACUUUUUCUACGUUACAUCCGAACACUACCUAGACUAGAAGUAUCUCUUCGGUUGCCGUCACCGUAUGUUUAUAGAUUUAGUCAACCAGACAAUGUGAACAAUAUUAUAUUUGAAGCAAAUACUUCAGCAUCUGUUCCACAUCCUCAAGCAGAUGUUUAUUAUUCUAGUCAUGCAAAAAUGAAUCGCAAUUCUUUAUAUCAUAACCAUAGUCAUUAUCAUAUUGAAGAAUCACACAAAUCACCAUCUGUAUUACAGUCAGUCGAUGAUCCAGUCAAUACUGUGAAUUCACCUGACAAUAAUUGUUUGAGUGAAUCAGCUGACUUUUUAUAUACAUCAGAUGAUGCAGCUGCAGAUGUAGAAGGGGAAGUUGAAGAGGAAGAAGUAGAAGAUGAUGACGACGUGGAAUUGAUUGAGUCACAAACCCUAACUAGUGGUAGUGUUGUUGUUGUCUCUCCACCAGUCGAUCUCACAUCUCGACAACCAUCACCAUUAUCAAUGACGACAACAACAAUACCAUCAUUUUUAAGUGGCAGUCCUAAUGUCAAUACUGUUAACAGUAUCAGUACUGGUUGUGGUCAUUCAGCUGUAAUGUCAUCUGAAAGUCAUGAAAGGUUGGAUAGUGUUAAUAUUAUGUUGACAUUGUUGAAUAAGAGUGAUUCAUCUAGUACACUAACAUUGACUAGCCAUGGAUCGAAUGAUAGUAGUAACAUUAGUCGGACUCUUAUCAAUUGCAGUCGUAAUAACACAAUAAAAUCUCAGCAUGACUACCCUCCUCGUCAUCAAAAACGAUCACAGCAACAACAGUCAUCUCAAUCUCCAAAUCGUUUUCCUGAAAUUGUAAAUAUGCACACCAAUCGUCACUAUCCAAACGCAGUGAAUUUCCCUCCACAAAUACGUAUGGCUACAUUAGAUAAAUUGAUUGAACGUCUCACAUAUCCAACAUAUUUUGAUACACGUCUAGUAAAUUGUUUUCUGUUGGUGUAUAGACGUGUUACUACCUCGGAGGAGUUAUUGAAUUUACUUAUUGAGCGAUUUCGUAUACCUGAUCCAGAAUUUUUACCAGAAGAAUGGAAUAUUGAAACAGAACAUGGUCAAUUGGAGUCACCUGCACAACAUAUGUUGAAAAGAUUUCGUUCUGGUUACAAAAAACGUAUUCAGUCCAGAGUGUUGAUGUUCCUAUCACGUUGGGUUCGUAGUACACGUUAUUAUCAAAAUGAUUUUUUACCGAAUCCUGAAUUACGUCAAAAACUGUUAGAUUUUCUAUCCACUAUACAGUCAAGGUAUUUACUGUCAUCCGUGGAACGCAUUAAACAACAUUUACAGCAUCAUGCUACUGUUUCUACGAUACACUGUCCUGUUGCAUCAUUUCAGGAAACGAUUACCACGAUGACUUCACCGACAGCAGCAAAAACAUCAAUAGAAUCCAUCCGAGAAAAUAUUGUUACAAGUGACUCAGUUCCUGUAUCACCGGUUGAGUCGAAUUUUUCCUGGAAAUCAGACAGUAUCAGAAAUACUGAUAAUCGGAGUCGUGUUACACUGCAUAAUAUUCAUCCUUACAAAUUAGCUGAACAGGUCACACUGUAUGAAUGGGAGCUGUAUCGACGUAUACCAUUUUGGGAAGUUGAAAGUCGUGAUCGUACAGGUGAUGCUGUGCCUAAUCUGAAUAAAUCUAAGUCGUUCUCGAAUCGUUUUCGCAAUUGGUUAGUUUAUUCUGUGCUAAGUGAAUCAAAUCCAGAUGAUCGAGUGUCUGGAAUUCAACGUGUCAUCGACUUAAUGUUAAUCAUGGAACACAUGAAUAACUUACAAGGUAGUCAAGAAGCUAAAUCUGCUUUGAUUAGUGCAGCUGUAUACCGUUUAAGGAAGUCAUUUCAAGUUAUUCGUCGAAUGCGACACUAUCGUGACACAGUUGAUCGUUUAAGACGAGAAGGUGUCACUAGCCCUAAACAUCAAAGAACUUGUUCUUCACCAUCAUCAUCAUCUUCUGCUUCACUUCAAACCAAUUCUAUAACAGAUCAGAAUAUCUCAGGAAAUAAUUCCACUAAUAAUAUCAACAAUAUUAAUAAUAAUAACAGCAAUACCAGUGGAAACAAUAGUAAUAGUAAUAGUAGUAACAAUCCUUUUUCUGGUUUCGGUUUGCCAUUCUCAACACGAGCAAGUAAAUCACAUGAACGUCGUAUACGUGUACUAGAGAAACAACACGCCUCUGGUGAAUUAUGCCAUCCAUGUGUACCAUUUAUAGCUGCUGGUGUAAUGACACGCUUGAUACACUUAGAUCUACGACAUCCAGAUACAAUUGUUAAUAAUGCUGGAAAUGUUAUGAUUAAUUGUUGGAAACAUCGUCAGUUGGCUGAAAUUGUCGAACGUUAUUUAGCUUUUCAACGUAUUCCUUAUACAUAUGAUGUAGAUAAUGAAGUUCGUGAGUUUUUAGAACAUGUUGAUCCAUUGAAAAUGGCUGGUGUUACAUCUGAAGCAGAAUUCGAGAGAAAAAUGUAUGAAUUAUCUGAAUCUUAUGAACCAAGAGAAUCUGAACCGUUAAAUGAGCCGAUUAUACCUGAGGAGCGUCAUAUGACCAAAGAAGAAAUCCAGGCUGCACAGUUACUCAGUAAUUCCUCCUUGAAAGAACGUAUGUCUGUACAGUCUAUGGCUCAAUUUAGUAACUUGCUCAACUCACAACAUAAUAAUAACAAUAGUGGUAAUAAUAGUAACAAUAAAUCUCCAUCCUUAUCAUUAUUAUCUCCAUCAACAUUAAUCAGUCCUUCUAUUAGUACAAAUGAACCUAAAAAUUCCAGUAAAAAGUCUGGUCUCAAUCUACCCUCAUCACUGAUUGGCAUAGGCAAUGAUAAACAUAUUCAAAGUGAAGUACAAGAACGGAAAUAUUUACGAAUUCCACCUAAUCCGUUAUCGCUAUCUGCAAAUACUACCUCAGGCACACUUGCACUAGGUCCCAAACAUCAACACAGUAUGUCUGACAGUCAUGUUAUUUCUUCAGUGAUUACGCCUUGUCAUCAUGCAACUAAUUCAGUUAUUGGAGUUACAACAACUUAUUCCGCAGGAUUAUCUCCGCCAUCAACUCCCCACUCCACCAAUUGUGGACAUUCUCAGCAUCCACCACCACCAUUACCACCGAGACAACGACGCCAGAGUUGUAAUUGUUCUAGAUAUGUUAAAACUCCAAAUUCUGUCUCUGCUAAUACUUGUGCUUCUCAUAGAAAUCCUACUCCCCCUCCUCCUCCCCAACCUCAUUCACCGAAUGCCACACGUUCCCCUUUUUUGUCUUCAGCUACUGAUAGUUGUAGUUGUUGUUUUCCUCCACCUCUACCUCCAAAACCAUCCAGUUCCAAUCGCUCAGUAGUAGUAGUAGUAGCAACAACAACAUCAACACCAGCCCUAACCAGUAUCACCUCUCAUACUCACAGUCGAACUUCCGAUGAAUGUUCACCAUAUCACUCCAAUAAUCAAUCAUUUACAUUCAAUGUAGAUUCCUAUGCAAAUCCAAAAUGUUUGCCUAUUGAAACAGCACCACCAUUACCGCCAAAAAGAAACACCACAAAUACUAUUGCAUUGAAUGCAUCUUGUUCUGUUCAUUCUAAAUCCCCUUGAUGCCCAGUAAUUAUGAAUUGUAUCCCAUCUAACUGUUUUGGGAUUAAAUUUGAAUCUCGUAUUAGCUAUGUGAUUUAUAUGGAUUUCUGUCUCAAUUCUCUUGUCAUCCAUGCUACUUCUCCACUUUUUUUUCGAAAAAGUGAAAGAAUAAAGAGAACAAAAAAGGAGGGUGAAGUUUUUUAUCAUAUUUUUUCUCACUCUUUUACUGUAUAUAAGUAUUUGCAUUUGAUGUAAACUUGCUUUUCUUAGGCUGGCUGUAGUGAUUCUGUCUAUCUUUCGCGCUCUACACCCUACCCUUUCUCUAUAUGAUGGGCUCAGUCAAGAAUACUGUUGUGCGACAUUUAUUUUACAUUCUUCUGUUUAUUAUCUACUAUCAAAUUCAUAUCAUUAAAACAGAAAUUAACGGAAAGAAUUUCAUUUGUGAAUCAUUUCUUUCCUUUCUGUUUUUUUUGUUCACUUAAUUUCAUAACUUUUGUUUUAUGAUUGUUCAAGUUUUAUUUGAUUUUCUACUUUAAUUCUACCGGUGCUCUGUAUAUUAUGAAUCAAUUUUAAAAUGAAGCAUUUUCUCUGUGUGCAAUGUUUGCUUAAUGUAAUGUGAACAUAGAUUUCAUUGAACUAUUGAACUGUACUUUUCUAUGGGAUAUUGACUAUAAUUACACCUUUAUGAUUAGAUUGAUUUUAUUCUAAUAUAUAUGCAUAUAAUAUGUACCGCUUUUAAAGGAUAUUUUAUUUGAAUGAUGAUGUUCUAUUCAGUUUCAUCAUCUAUCUAUUCAAUGUUUGAUUUUAUUCCCUCUUUGCACUGUACAGUUUUGUAUGGUUGAUUUGUUCAUUGCUGAUCCAUUUGUUCAUCAUAUUGUCACGUAGCACAUACAGUCUGGAG